AUGGCACCGAGAAAUCAUCCGAUUCCUUCACAAGCACAACCAACUGUAAACAAUCACCAUCAUAAUAAUAAUACUCUAAUAUCGUCGGGACAAAACAAUGUUAAACCCGUUGAGCAAACGGUACACGACGAAGUUUCCUCUGAGCAUAUGCAUGAUCGUUUAAUGUUUUUACUUGUAAACUUUAUUGGUAUGAAUGUUUUAGUAACAGUUAAAAAUGGGGCAAAAUAUCAAGGGUUAUUAAAAACGGCUAGUACGAAUGGAGAAUUAGGUGUUGUAUUAAAAAUGGCUCGUAAAGUGUUGACGAAAGCUGAAGAAAAGACUGUACAGAAUCGUGUUAUACCGACAUACAUUAUAAUGGCAAAAGACUUAAUGGAAAUUCAUGCAUGCGAGGUUGAUUUUUCUGCAUGCGAAAAAUUGUUGUCAGAGCGUGAAGGAUCAGGAGCUGUUUUUUUGACUGAUACAGAUAUCAGUGGUCGAGUAGAGGGUCGAUUAGAGUUUCGAGAACGUGAAUUACACUCAAACAAUGUGUCUUGGGAUCAGUUUGCAGUAAAUGAACAAUUAUUUGGUAUAAAGACAGAUUUUAACGAAGAAAUAUACACUACAAAGUUAGACCGGUCAAGGGCUGAUUUUAAAGAACGGGAACGUCAAGCCAUCGCCAUAGCAAACGAAAUCACAAGGUCGUCUACAACAAAUGUUCACAUGCUCGAAGAACGUGGCAUUAUGAUAGAGGAAAGCCAAAUGGAUGAAGAAGACAAAUAUGGUGCGGUUGUUCGAAGUCGCGAUCCGAGCAAAUAUAUGCCGCCACAGCUACGAAAGUUACAAGAGCAACAAUUACAACAACAUACUGGACCAUCCCCUGUUGCCAAAAAAUCUGAGCCGAGCAAAGAACCUGCGAAAGAAGUGAUAAUAUCCUCAGCAGCUACUUCAGCACAAAAUGUUCCCUCAUUUUCAUCUAACUCGUCAUUAGUACAGUUCCGUAUUCCCGAACCUGUUGCUGCUUUACUUAAUUCACACACGCCGAGGAAAACCGGUAUUGAUGCGGAGGGUAAACCUAUCGAAGCGCAAAUUGUCACGACAUUCAGGAAGUUUGCUACAAAUGAGAAAGAACGUUUACAACAAAGGAAGCAGGCAAUAGCUAGAAAGGAAAUGGAUGGAAAGAUGGCGGAAUUACUCAAGUGGGGUCAAAAUUUUAAGUUGAAUUCACCAUUGCCACAAGAUCUUAUUCCUAUAUUGACUAAAGAUGAGGUUAAACGACAACAACUUGCAGCUAAAUCUGAAAAAGACAAUAAACCUAAAGAAAAAGUUAUCCCUGCCCAAAAUUUGGAACCAAAAUCAGAGUCUCGAAAACCAGAAAUCAAAAUUGAAGAGGAUAAAUCUCAUAAAACAAACGGAGAUUCAACAGAAUCUAAGUCAGCAAAUGAUAAGAGUUCCGAUAAAUCUAUAUCUGCAGCUGAUAAAGCUCCGCUACAAUUUCCUCCUGGUCGUACGACUGCUACAACACCGACAAAUUCGCAAUUUAAACUUAAUGCAAAAGCAUCUGAAUGGAAACCUAAUCCUAAUGCGGCAAGUUUCACACCGAUUACUCCAAAUACGCAAGAUAAAAGGUCUCCAGGAUCUUCUCCAUUUUUCGGUAAUCGGCAGUUGAAGAAAAAUACUGCUACACUCAGAGACGGAUUUACUCCUUUCCAAAAAAGUAAAAACUUAGCUAAUCCUAGUUCAAUACCGCCAACUUGGCCAUUUGGUCAAAGACCUUUCAGACAUCAUUUUUCCGUUACAAAUAAUUAUGAUGAAGAUAUGUAUUCACAAGCCGCCGUCACUCAAGGAUUUGGUUUUGCAGCAUAUCCUGUUACUGGACCAUACCGAUAUCCUCCAAACGCACAAUUUGUUAGUGUUCCACCUAUUCCAAUUCAACAAGGCGCUCCUAUACCACCAUAUAUGCAACCAGGGCAAUUUGUCCCAGGCAUGCCUUUUACUACAGCACCUAUGCCUCCCACUGGCGCACCACCUAUGUAUAGUGCACAACUUCCUUCAGUGAUGCCACAACAUUUUGGUUCACAAGGGUUCCCAUCUCCUGGACGUACGCCAAUGGUACCCGCUACUAUCCAUCCACAAAUGUAUCAACCAUAUCAAAAUCCACAUGCCAUGCCACCCAUGAUACGAUAUCCACACGACAUGGUCCAACACGUUUCACCAAAUGGUGUGAUGAUUGGUCAGAGGCCUAUGAUGAUGGAACCACAUUACUUACAACAACCCGAAGCUGCACCGAUGGAAGGUAUGCCAGUUACAGAACCAACGACAAUAAAUCAAUAA